GUAACAAAGGCGGAAAGGGUGGAAAGAAGAAAUAAAUCUAGACUACGAUCUUGUACAUAGCCUUUGGCAUGUUGUAUUAUUACUAGUCUUCUACUGACUAUCUAUACACUUUGGAUGGUCGUAAAGUCCACCAUCCUGAAUCAACGUUCGGGUCACAAUGAAGAUCCGCGAACGAAAUCUUUUCACUCUGAGCCUCCCCGAAGGCACUUUUUCAUACAGACUUCCAUCUUCAUUUGGAGAGUAAGUGCUUUAGUACUGCUAGGUAUGCUAUAUCAGAGUUGAAUCGUUACACAUUGCAUACACAGUCAAACAGCUUAGUCAUACAUGCAAAACGACGUCAUCGGCAAGAUCAAAUUUUCGGCUGGUUCAAAGGCCGCAAUUGGCGACUAUCAGACAUUUCGCAAAAUCUCUAUCUAGUUUGGUAAGUCCCUUAAGGAGGGGCGUCUGGUCUGGACGGACUCCACUUGGAAUUUACCUAACAAAUAAGGCUUUAUAGGGCCGAAAACGCUUUCCCCCACCACCCAAUCUAUUCGCGCUUUGAGUCACCCCGCGACAACUCGUCCGUACUUCUGAAGUUUCGCCUACUAUAUCAGCGAAGCUGGUGUCCUUCGUCUCUCGCCUUGUCGCUGGCGGCCGUCCGCGCAGCUUUACGAGGUUUUUGAGCACUACCACCAUCAUGUCGUCAAAGGAGAACACUCGAAUCUUGUCGGUCCGUCGAUUGAAUAAAGAAGGCCCUGGGGCCAAGUCCCUUUCAGAAUGGUGGGAUAGUGAGCGCAGCAACAAAACACCAGAAGCUACCGCGAUCGAGGAGGCUGCUCAACUUCUCCGGACGAGCAAUAUCCCUGUUGCGUUUCCUACAGAGACAGUGUACGGGUUGGGCGCCGAUGCGACACGAAGCGAUGCGGUGCAAGGGAUCUACAAGGCCAAGCAGAGACCGUCGGACAAUCCGUUAAUUGUGCAUAUCGACUCACUCGAAAUGUUGGAGCGGCUACUCAACCCGCAGGAAUCGGGUUCUACGAGCGCAUCCGAUAGCCCAAGAAACUCAAUUCCUUCCGUCUAUCAAUCUUUGAUUGCCCGUUUCUGGCCAGGUCCUCUUACGAUUCUUCUUCCGAACCCAUCUGGGUCGCUUCUGGCGAAGGAAGUUACUUCUAAAUUGACGACGUUUGGGGUGCGCAUGCCUUCUUCGCCGCUUGCACGGCUGUUGAUCCAUGUUGCGGACCGGCCGCUGGCGGCACCCUCGGCGAACGCAUCGACCAAACCAUCCCCGACAGCGGCGGAGCAUGUGUAUCAUGACCUUGAGGGCCGUAUCGAGCUAAUCCUUGAUGGUGGCUUAUGCGGCGUCGGUGUUGAAAGUACUGUGGUUGAUGGCCUGUGUGAUCCACCAGCAAUCUUGCGACCAGGCGGUAUUGGCAUUGAAGAGAUCCGGGCAUGCGCGGGAUGGGAAAAUGUACAACUUGGAUACCAUGAUGGUACUCUCGACGUCAAAGAGAUCCCUCGGGCACCGGGUAUGAAAUACCGACACUAUUCUCCCAAGGCACGUGUGGUACUUUUCGAGGCUGGCUCCAAGGAGCAGUCUGUGACCAAGCAUAUCCGCAAGGACUUGGAAGACACGGCGAUUGGGGCACAUAUGAUCGGUAUUGUACGAACGAAGCACUGGAAGCGGGGUCUCGGAUUAUUGUCUGAUGAAGAAAUCGAGAAAACCCUCAAACCCCUUCCGUCAUUGAUUGACGGCCUUGCAGGCUUCUCUGUUCCAAUCAGGGGCAACUCUGGCCGUAGUCCUGCAUUCAAGGAGGCCUUUGAUUGCCAUCUCGGACCCGACGUCGAGUCCAUUGCGCGCGGGCUCUUUGCAGCACUGCGGGCCAUGGAUGAAAUGGAAGUGGAUGUCAUCUAUGUAGAGGGGAUCUCAGAUCAACAAGGCGACCGCGCAGCUGCCGUCAUGAACCGUCUCCGUAAAGCUGCGGGGGCAGAAUUGCGAGUCUAAAUGUAUAGACUUUAUGCUAAAAGGGUAGACGAUGCUCUGGUUACAUUUCUUUUUCUCCUUCUCCCUGGUACCUGGUUAUAGAUAGAGCUUACUAUUGUGUUUAUAAUUCAACUACGAAUUGAGAUGAUCCCCACGAAGAUAACAGUAGUUUAUUCUCUUAUGUCUCCGCUCUCCGGCGCUCAGAAAUCGGAAGUCUCCGACCCCUCAUGCGAUUAUACUAGGGCUAAGGUCGG